AUGUGUGCCACCGAGCCCUGUCCCUUACCAGGGCCCCCCUUCGUGCUUCCCCCGGGACGCGUUGCCAAGGGCACGGCUGUGGCCGGCAGCGGCUCCGGGGCUGGCGGGGGCAGCGGCGCGGCGGAACUGCGAAACAAAGGAAGAAUGAAGUCAACAAAGGUUCGUGAGUCAUCAUUUUUGGAAUCUCAUGAUCACGUUCUUUUGGAUAUUCCCGUCACUAGAGAGCAGAUGAAUCAUUAUCGAGCUGCAGCUGAAACUGCUCAAAGUGAACUCGCAGCACUUUCAGUGAAGUAUGACUGUGCCCAGUCAGAGCUGCUUAAACUCAGGUCGAGCAUGAUCUCUAAAGAAGCUUCUUUUCAAGAGCUGAAGGCUGAAGCUGAAAGCCAUAAGGAAAGCAAGGCCAGACUGAUGUCUCGCCUCCUGUCUUUACAAACACAAAUCCAGGAGAUGGAAAAAGAGCUGUGUAUGCUUGCUGCCUCUAAAAACCAGGCUGAGCUGGCAGCUCAGGUGGCAUACAAGGAAAACUUGGAGCUGAAGGAGGAGCUUCAUGAGAAAAGCGCAGAACUUAAUAAAUAUUUGAAAGAGCGUGAAGAAAACAUGACUCAAGCUACUAAAAUCAGCAAAAACUAUGAAUUGCUCCUUACACAUCUUUCUGGAUUCUUGGACAUGGACAUCAGAGAAAAAGAGAAACCACAAGAACACAUAACAUCAAAGGUCUCUGAAAUAUGUAAAGAAAAUGUGACACUAAAAGACCAGGUUGCUGCUCUUCAAGAAGCUGUGAAUGUCCAUGAGAUGGAGUCUAAAGCUAACAGAGAAACUAUAAUGAGACUAGUUUCAGAAGCGGCCAAGGAGCAGAAAAAGGCAGCAGGAUACUACCAAGACAUGGAAAAACUUAGUAAGGAUCUUGACAGUGCUAUAAUAAAGAGGCAGAGUUUAGAGAUGGAGAUCAGAAACCUCCAAGAGAAACUGACUGUUAACCAGAAAGCUUUGGACACCUCGAAGCAGGAGCUGCACAAUCUGAAGAAAUCUUCCAGUGAGUUAGAUGCAAGCUUGAAGAGUAGCAGAGAAGAGGUCAGGACUGCUCAGAGCUCUUUAGAGGCUUUUAAAGAAGAAAUUGCUACCCUGCUCAGCUGUGGAUCUGAAAUAGUUAAACCUUCUGAGAAGGCCAUUUUGGAGAGGAUCCAAGAAAUAAAUUGCAAAGAAAAGAAUAAAGAAAUAAUGGUAUCUCAGCUUGAAACACAAUUAGCUAAAUUGACUAAAGCUUUGGAAAACCAGACCAGAUUGUACCAUGAAGCCCUGGAGAGGAGCAGGAAAGCUGAAAAAUGUUCUGAGAAUUUCCACGAUCAACUGAAGCACUUGGAAGAGGAAUUAUUAAAUGGAGACCUGAUGCAAGAUGGUUUGAAGCUUGAGAAACAAAAAUAUCUGAAAUUUCUGGAGCAACUUAAUGAGAAGAUGAAGCUGGACAGCCUAGCAGCAGAGGUUGGAUUUGAUAUGACCAUGGAUGUGAUUCUGGCCCGGGUAGAGCAGUUGGUGAAACUGGAAGGGGAUGCAGUGGUUGAGAACAAGACUGUGGCAUACAGCCUCAGAAGGAAGUUGAAGGCUCAGAAAGAAAAACUUGAGAGCAAAGAGCUGCACAUGAACCUUCUGCGGCAGAAAAUAACCCAGCUGGAAGAAGAGAAGCAAGUAAGGGCAGCCUUAGCUGUGGAAAGGGAUGAGGCCAAUCUUGCUGUCAGAAAGUUACAUAAGAUGAUAGAGAGGCUACAGAAGCAGCUUGAUCUGGCAAGGGAAACAAAUACUGAUCUCAAAGCCAAGCUGUCUGAAACCAGUGAACUUAAGAUCAAAACUUUGGAGCAGAACAGAACAAUAGAAGAACUCAGUAAGUCUCAAGACAAAUUGGAAAGAAUGAAAGAAAAAGCUGAGAAACAACUUAGAUCUGCCAAAUCAGAACUUCUUUUAAAGGACCGUAAAGCUACUGAAGAUAAAGAAAAAAACAAAAAUAUGUUAGAAGCAGUUACCAGUGAGAUGAAGGUGCUUAAAACAACCCUCGCAGAACUAACAAAAAGAGAGAGACAGCUGGCGGAUUUCCGAGAGGUGGUCUCGCGGAUGCUGGGCCUCGACAUUGCCAGCCUGGCUCUUCCUGACUAUGAAAUCAUUUCACGCCUUGAAGGGCUGAUUCACUCCCAUCAGCACCAUUUCCUCCCCUGUGUCUGCCUCAAAGACAUGGCAAGGACCCCAGAGGAGCAGCAAAGAAACAUCCAGCUUCUUCACUGAACGGAGAUGGAACAAAGUAAAACUUUCUGUUUGCUUCCUUACCUGCUGGACCUCCACAGAAAACAGAUCCCUAUUUCUGUUCCCUACUCUAGAGAUACCAGCUAGGGCUGAUUUUAGAACUUCAACAGAGAGACUGAUUGGAAUGGGUAGAGUCAAGCCAGCAGCCUGGAGAUGGCAAACAGAAAAUCCCUGGGCAGCUUAAUACUUCAGUUACGUAAAUGACAGGCAACACAUCAACAGUGCCCUCGAGUUACAGUGCAGAGGUGUGGAAGUCACGGGUCACCAAGGUCAUCUCACAGUUUUGAGAAGGUACUGGAUGCCUGCUUCAGUGGCAUUCCUUGUGCCUUACCUCUAGGUGACAAGGAUGAAAUCAAGUAGGGGUUGCUCUGCUGCUGUUCUUCUUGCCACCUGGGACAUCUCUGCAUUUUUUACACAUAAGGGUUUUAGCUUUAGGACAACUGUCUGCAAGUUAGAGGAUUAUGUCAAUUUUGGAACAAGAGAUUUUUUUUUUCCUCUGCAGGUUUCUUUUGUCUGCUGUAUGACAAAGCAAAAAAAUUCAUUUUUUGCAGUAAAGGCUUUCUCACAGGGUUCUGUCUUGUGCCUCAUAUAGAUAUAUUUGAUAAAAUUGAGUGUUGGCCUUGGUCAUGAUGUCUUGAAAAGUUUGCUUCCAGCUGCUGUGUUCCUUGGGCAAUUAAUCCGCAGUGGCAAUUCUUCUGGGUUUAUGAAAAGUUAUUUUAGAAUUCUUGUUCACUACAGAAAAUAGCUGAAUUAGUAAAGUGUUUAUUUUCAGAGAAGUGAUGAUGAGGUGUACAAAACUACCUCUUAGCAGUAAAAACUGCUUUCUGAGAGCUGUUAAACAUCAUGAUUUUUUAAAAAAAAAUAUAGACAAUAUAUCUGUUUUAGCAGCACAUUCAAACUUGAUUCUGUGGCUUUAGUUUUCUCUUCCCAUUAUAUGUUUUGUAUGGUUGUGUAGAACAGUAAAGAUGACUUACUUAUUUUUGUCUUGGCCAUUUGUGGGCUUUUAACAGUAUCUCAGCAAAUGAUGACCCACUCAGUACAACUGAACACACUAUUUUAAGAAAAAUGACACUUUCUCAAGUAAGAGUGGUAAUUUCGGUGUCUGGCUGGGGACUCAAAUCGUGUUUUUAUUUCAUUGGCUUCUGAAGAAUUGUUUCCCAUUGACUUGCUGUAAAAUAAAGAAAUGAACACUCAAGCUUUUGUAAAAUCAGUCAUUUGAGAAGACCGAAAUAAAUCUUGCAUAAAUUCUUCUGCUCUUGUGGCUAACUGGUUUGAAAGCAAUUUAAUUUUUUGUUUUGUAACAUAAGAUUGUUUUGGGGGGAAUGACUUCAAACUGAAAGAGACCAGGUUUAGAUUAGAUAUGAGAAAAAAAUUAUUUUUUGUGUGGGUAGUGAGGCACAGGUUGCACAGAGAAGUUGUGGAUGCUCCAUCCCUGGAAGUGUUCAAGGCUGGAUGAAAUGUAAUUUUUGGGCAUGAUAUGUUGAUUGGGGAUUUAGAGGGUGGAAAAAGAUGCAAUAAUUUUCUAAUGCUUUGUGAGAUGAUACAAGUAGUUUCACUUUGUGUUUUGUUGGUUUUAUUGGAACUUCUUUUUGAUUGAUUUUUUAAAGAACAAAACCCAUUUUCUUCAU